AUGGAUGGAUUCCGGGAAGAAGAUCUAUGGCAAAGAGCAGAAGCAGCAGGUGCCACAGAGCUGGUUAGUGGCUGGACAGCAGUUUUUGAGAAGAUAGGCUUCCCAGAGGCCCUGGAAUCCAGUGAGUACACCAUGGCUCACAUCCUUGCAACCAAAACAUUUCAGAGCCUAAAGACAAUACGUAGGAGCAAGCCACUGUCCCCUCAGCAACUUCAUGACAUCCAGGAUCUGAGUGGUCGCCAACUUCAGAGGAUGCCUGUGCAGUACAUCCUUGGGUACUGGAACUUUUGCUGGCUCAAUCUGAAGAUUACACCCCCAGUGUUCAUUCCUCGAGUAGAGACAGAGGAACUGGUUGAAUGGGUGCUGGAGGAGGUAGCCCAGCAUCCCCAUGUGGCUGGAACCCAAGGUGGCCCUCUCAUUCUGAAGGUGGGCUGUGGGUCAGGAGUUGUUUUGCUCAGCCUGUUGAAGCAGCUUCAUGAGAGCCAAGUCAUUGCUGUGGAUAAGAACGAAGCCUCCAUCAGACUGACCCAGAACAAUGCUCAAAGGCUUAGGCUGCAGGACAGAAUUCGGAUCAUCCCCCUGGAUGUGACCUUUGAGGGGAGCUGGACACUCCUUUUGCCGUGGGCACCCGUGGAUCCAGUUAUCAGCAACCCUCCCAACGUCUUCCACCGGGAUAUGGAGCAGCUGGACCCAGAAAUCCUCAGAGGAAAGUGUCUGGAUUUACCAUUCCAGCAACAGGCUCUCAGAUGCUCAUGCAGGGUGAAGAGGGGAGAAUGGGUUGAAAUGAUGACUUCCUUCUGUGUUUCCCUGGCGGUGCUGAAAACCAGACCCAGAGCUUCUGGGCUUCAGGUAAACAAGCAGUGGAUAGAGUCUCCCUUCUCAAGAGAUGAAAUCUUCAUGAAAAGUGCCCAGAGGACACUACAGUUUCCACUGCUUUUUUACUUCCACGCAGUGCACAGAGCACACGAGCAAAUGCUGGAGGGCACAGGUAUGCCUGACUCACCACCCUUCAAGAGAGUCAAAAAAGAUGAACACAGUGGCAGGGGACCUGUUCCUCAGCAGAAAGCCUUGCAAGGUUCUGAACAUCACCCUAAGUGA